CCAUCCCAACAACAAGUCUUUCGGCCACCACCGCUCUUUUCACAAUUUUGAUUUUUCACUAAAUUUUAAUUUUUAUUUCGUUUUUAACAAAGCAAAAAGGAUCAUUGUAUCUCCCCCCCUCCCUUCCUUCCUUCCUCCCUCUUCUUCCCGCUGUUUCCUCUCUUCUUUCCCUCCGACUAACCUAACCGAAGAUUCUCGCCGCUUUUCGAAACUUAUUUUUUAUUUUUCCCUCCGACGACGGAGAUUCUCCACAGAUGGCGGCGACAUCUAAAUCCGGCGAAGAUCCGAGUCUCUCGUACAACCACCGAUCUCCUUUCCGCUUCGAACUAAUCCACUCUCCCUCACCCACUGAUCCGCUUCAAUCUUCCUCGUCUACUCCUUCCUCCACGAAUCGGCCGCUCUCAGUUCCUCAGCAGCUUCCGAAUGCACAAUCGCCGCAAAUUCAAGCUCACUGGGACGAGUCCUUCUCCCCAAUCACUCAGAAACUCAAAAGUAGAAAGAAUCAUUCCAUUUCGAGCUCAAGCAUGCCUGGAGAAACCAUUGAUAUAGCCAAAGUCAUUGUGAAGCAAGAAUCUCCUCAAGACAACAUUAAACGUGGAACCAAGUCAAAGGUUACUAAACUGUCCAAAGCUGUGAAGCGAGAAGGGCUACAGCUUAGUGGCCCUAAUGGAAGUAAUAACUGUCGUUAUGAUAGUUCUCUAGGGUUGUUGACAAAGAAAUUCGUCAAUUUGAUCCGGGAAGCUGAGGAUGGAUCACUUGACCUUAACUAUUGUGCUGAUGUUUUGGAGGUACAAAAAAGAAGGAUAUAUGAUAUUACAAAUGUCCUUGAAGGGGUUGGAUUGAUUGAGAAAACUACAAAGAACCAUAUCCGCUGGAAGGGUGCUGACAAUCUUGGACAGUUGGAACUGGGAAAUCAAAUUUCUAGGCUUAAGUUAGAAGUAGAAAGUAUGCAAUCUGAGGAAAACAGGUUGGAUGACCUUAUAAGGGAAAGACAAGAAGCUCUCAGAUCCUUAGAAGAAGAUGAACAUUGUAAAAGGUACAUGUUUAUGACGGAGGAAGAUAUAACUAGCCUCCCAUGCUUUCACAACCAGACACUGCUGGCAAUUAAAGCUCCUACAGCUAGUUGCAUCGAAGUUCCAGAUCCGGAUGAGGUGAUGAGUUUUCCGCAGAGACAAUACCGGAUGGUGAUUAGGAGUAGGAUGGGACCAAUUGAUGUCUACCUUCUAAGCAAACACAAAGGAGACAGUAGUAUGGAAACAGAUGAGUCUGCAGUGGAUACUUCUUCCUUGAAAAUAGUAACUUCAGAUACUGAUUUAAAAACAGAUUACUGGUUCGAGUCAGGUGAAGAAGUGACCCUCACAGAUUUAUGGAACAACUUUUGCUGAGAGUUAAGUUAUUGAAAACUUCAAGUUCCAAUUUCUGGAGGAGGACAUGUUACUUUUUCCUACGUUGUAUGAGCCAGAAUCCUUAAUAGUUUUGCGGGGUUUUCUCUUUUUCUCUCUUUUUAAAAUAAAAUAUGAAAUAUUCUUAUGUCAAGAUAUAUACUUGUCUGGACAAUUAUGUGAUAAAACUUGUAUAUUAUCAAAAAAAUA